AUCGCCGGAUCUUCUCUGAGGUGUGUGUCUCAGAAAGGCGGGCGACCACAUGAGACACUGCUGAGAGGGCCGCGAGAUCCGCCACGAGCCGCCCGCCGUUUCCUCAGAGCGCCGCACUGCCCGCUGCUGUAGUGUAGGCGCACAGAGCCGGAGAGCGAGUCCAGCACCGGACGUCGGUGACAGGAGCCCAUGGCGGUGAAGAGCGGCUCCCUUCUGUGCGUGCUCUCCCUCUGCGUCUGUGCUCGACCCCUGCCAGGGAGGCCGGUGUCACUGGAGUUGAGCUGUGGAGUGGGGCCUUUGAGCGUGGUGCUGGAGCCAGGGCACCCCCUCCUUUUGGACUGCCACCUGGGGGCGACCGAGGCACCCACCAACGUCACCUGGAUGCGGGGCGAGACACCAAUCCUGGAUAAUGAGGCCGUCAGUGCACUCCCCAAUGGCUCGCUGCUGGUUCGGCCUGAUAAGGUGGAAGGUGUGGAGGGGGAGUACAGCUGUGUGUCUUCUGGCCCUUUUGGAGCCCUUGCUAGCCGCACCCUCAGCUUGCAUCUUGCUCGUCCCCCUCGAGUGACUGAGCACCCACAGGCCCAGGUAGUGCCUGUGGGGGGCAUGGUGCGCUUCCAGUGCCAGGUGGAUGGUUUACCUGUGCCCAGAAUCACUUGGGAGAGGGAUCAGGAGCCCCUGCCCCUCAAGGACAGGUACAUUGCCCUCCCUAAUGGAAUACUGCAGAUCCAGGAGGUGCAGGAGGAUGAUGGAGGCAUCUACCACUGCAUGGCCUCCAGUGUUGCCCACAAAGGCCUCAGCCAGAAGGCCACACUCACGGUCACACCAGCAGGUCCGUCGCCUUCACCGCACCAGGUGGUAAUUGUUGAACGCCCUCGGAACACAACUGUGGUUUUGGGUCGCACAGCCGUCAUGGAGUGCAUGGCACAGGGUGAGCCCAAACCAUACGUGUCCUGGAGCCGCAAGGACGGCAAACCCAUUGCCACAGAUGUGGUGGUACUGCAGACAAAUCUGGUGAUCCCAGAUACAAGGCGUCACCAUGCCGGUGUCUACGUCUGCCGUGCCAACAAGCCCAAGACCCGAGAGUUUGUUCUGGCUGCUGCUGAACUGCACGUGUUGGCCCCCCCAGUAAUCCUGCAGCCCCCAGAAACAGUGUCGCUAUCUCGGGGUAACACGGCCCGGUUUGUGUGCAACAGCACAGGGGAGCCAUCACCAGUGCUGCGCUGGUUGCGAAAUGGUGCCCCUGUGCGCACCAGCGGCCGCAUCAAAACCCAGGGCACUGGAAUCCUGCUCAUCAAUCAGGUGGGCGUGGAGGAUGCUGGCUACUACCAGUGUGUGGCCUCCAACAGCCUGGGUACGGCCUGCGCUACAGCCAAGUUGUCGGUGGUGGUGCGCGAAGGUCUUCCCAGCCCCCCCCGGCUGCUGUCCGCGCUGCCUCACUCCAGCACCACGGUGUUGCUGAGUUGGCAGCGGCCCGAACACAACAGCGAGCACAUCAUCGGGUUCUCCGUGCACUACCAGCAAGAGGCAGGACCCGACAUCACAGAGUACCAGUUUGCCGUGAACAACGACACCACAGAGUUCUGUGUCAGAGAGCUGCUACCCCACACGACCUACACGUUCUAUGUAGUGGCCUACUCGCCCAUGGGAGCAAGCCGUCCAUCCCUGCCCGUUACCCUGGAGAUGUUACAGGAUGUUCCCAGUGCCCCACCACAGCUCUCGUUGCUCAGCAUAUCCCCCACAGACAUCCAUGUGAUGUGGCUGCCCCUUUCACGCCAGGAGAGCCGCGGAACAGUCACACGGUACCGCAUUGAAUACACCACUUUGGACCAGGCUGAUCAAGUGUCUUCCGUGGAGGUGGCGGGGAAUGAGACACAGGUUACGAUAAGAGGACUGCUCCCUAAUCGGCUGUACCAACUCCGUGGGAUGGCAGAGACCCGCGCUGGGUUUGGCACCCCUUCCGAGUGGACCUUGCAUUGCACACCUGAGCAUUUGAACCAUAGCGAGGUCAUCUUUGCCCCCACUGAGCUGAAAGUAAGGUCUCAAAAGCACUCGCUGUACGUGAUGUGGCAGCCUCCUCCCAACCGCACCCACAUCUCUGGAUAUAAGCUGUACUGCCGGGAGGUGUCCUCUGACAGCAGGGAGAGCCCCCCCACUAAGCUCGGGAUGGCCGUCAGUCAGUAUGAAGUCACAGCUCUGGCUCCUGACCAGCUGUACGAGGUCAAGGUGUUGGCCUACAGCGAGCAGACAGAUGGCUACGCUGCCGUGUGGAGGGGUAGGACGGACAAAGUGCCUGCCGCAAGCGGAGGCUUGCCAGGUGGCCUCCUGCCCCCUCCACCCCCUAGUAGUGUACAGGCCUCUGCCAAUAACUCAACCUCCAUAUGGCUACGUUGGGAGAGGCCCCGUGUGAGCGGCUCAGUGGGCGAGAUCUACUACACGGUGCGCUACAGCCCAGCUGGCCUCCGCAAUGCCUCACUCGUCUCCUACUACACCAGCUCUACCCAGGAGAUCCUGCUGAGUGCACUAAAGCCUUUUACCCGCUACGAAUUGGCAGUGCAGACCAAUGGACUUGGAGUGGGAGGACCUUUCAGCAGCACAGUAGAAGAGUCCACGCUUCCAGACAGACCCUCUUCACCACCAGCAGAGCUACAGCUCACGGCCCUGGACUCCUCCUCAGUGCUGGCCAGCUGGCGCCCCCCACUGGAGCCUAAUGGAAUCAUUGUGGAGUACAGGAUCCAGUACAGUGAGGACAGCAGGCAGUUGGACUGGCAGUGGACUAAGCUGUCUCGGGAUGGGACCGUCAUCAGCACAGAGGUGCAGGGGCUCCGGAGUGCUACUCACUACUUCUUCAGGAUGCGGGCAUGUACUGAGGUGGGGGCAGGGCCUUUUACCCCCACAAAGGAAGUGCGCACACUCCCAGAGAUGGAAGAGCUGGAUGUUUCCACGGUGACGGGCGUCAUUGUGGGCGUGUGCUUGGGCCUCCUGUGUGUCGUCUUCUGCAUGUGCUUCAGCCUGCGCAGCAAUAAGACCAGAAAGGUGCCUGGGGGCCUGGACUCCACUGCUCUGACCUCCCAGUAUCACCCGGGUCAGUCAGUGGCCCUGCAAGCAUCCAUGGAUAGGGGUUACCAGGAGCUGGAGGCACUGAUGUCAACAAAAGAGCAGAAUGUAGCUGUGCCUAAGGAGGACAAGUCAGAGGAGCAAAGCCUUAUGAGGAGUGGUGGAGACAUUGGCAGCCUGGACUUGGAAGGCAAGAAGGAUGGGAGAGAGGAACUGUACUCGUCGUCCAGCAGCAAGCAGAUGGAUGCAGAAGUGAUCAUUCACUCUAAAUCGUCAGAUUCCAAGGAGGGAUGGCAAGAGGACUGUGGAGAGGAACAUUCUUGGGGCUGUCGGCGGACCUGUCUCAGAAAUGGCAGCUCUUCCACACAGCCCUGCGCCCCUGAUCAAGGUGCAGAUUUUCAGGAAGUGGCCCAGCCACCACCCUCAACACAGUCUGACCCAUGCCUGGAGAUAAUGAAGGAACACACCAGACACCAGGAGGGAGGGCCCAGCAGAGAGGGCCUGGACAGGUGGAGGCAGCAGCCUUCAAGCACUUUAGCAACCAGGAACUGCCUGCAGAAUGGGAAUGGACACUUCCUCAUCAAGGUCCUGCCCCGAUCUCCUGCCUCCAGCCCAGGCCUUGUAAAAACCUACCCAGCGCCACAUAGCUAUCCCUAG